CCCUCUGCACUUUACCUUCAGCAGCUUCCUUGUGCCUGUGACAGAUCUAAGGAAAGCAACGCUCAAUGCACUGGUUGAUCUCAACCUAAGCCAGAAAGCAUCUAUAGAUGGAGUAACAGCAGAGCUCAAUGAGAAGUGCUCUACCCUCUUUGCGCUCACAGACACGCUCUUGCUGAAAGGAAAGGAGGCAAUAGAGAAGGCCAUCAGAGCACCAACCGAGGAGGACAGAAGGUGGUAUCUCAUGAAAAGCAUGGAGUUCUUCACAAAGACCGCAGCACAGAAGUAUCUAUCUGAGAUUGUGGAGAUGUACUCCAAUGUAAGAUUCUCUAAGGGCAUUCUCUUUGCAGUGCGGGCCGGGUUUAACUCCAUCACAGAGGAGCAAGCCACCAAGUACUUCAAAAAGAUAGAAUGCACCGAAGAAAUUCUGCAGGAAGGGCUGCGAGAUGAAAGGCCUGCGCUGUGCAAUGCGCUGCUGAACUCAGCCAUAAAUAAGAUAAAGGAAGGGGAGCUAUCGAGCGAUGUGCUGCUAAAAAUCAAGUCGCCGUAUCUGGAAGACUAUCUUGACCGCCUUGACAGGACUUCAGAUAGGCUAGACCUGUGCGAUCUCAUAUGGAAGUACCACUUCAAGAACGAGAACUACUCCAUAGCAGCCCUCUAUUUGCUGAGGUCGUCAGAGAGAAAGAGCCCAGCAAUUGGGCUCCAGAAGAGAAUAGAGUAUCUGUCAAUAGCAAGCACCAUGCAGUCUGCCUCUAAAAAGAGCAACGAUUUUCCAGUGGUAGGACACAUCAAAAACUACACAUCGCGUCUUGGCACAGACGCAAAGGAAAGGCUGAGCAUGGCGCAGAGACAGACCGAAGUGAUGGCUGCGCUUUCGUGCGCAUACAGUGUCCAGGAAAGAGCCUCGCAGCAGAAGGCCAUGGUGGAAGAGACUUUUACUCGGCUGGACACGAGUCUGCUAAGCUUUGAAGAGCUCUUUGAGAUAUGUGUGGUGUUUGGCUUCUCGCUGCUUGCUCUGAAAAUAGCGAACAAGGGAGAAAUAGAAGAUGUCCGUCUGAUGAAAGAGCUGUGGGAAGACGCUCUGUCCGGGUCCUAUGCACAAAACAUAGAAAUUCUAAAGAGCAACCCCGAAAUCAUGAAGGGGGCUCCCAUAGAUCUAGUCUUUGACAUUCUCCUAAGAAAAAAAAUAGAAGCACCGCAAGAGGGAGAGAACAUUGGGUCUGCCCUGGUUUCUUUGGGCGGCUCCAUCAUGAAAAUAGCUGAUAUGCUAGACAGAAAGGCGACAAGCCCAGAGCAUGCUAACCCGCGCAGCAAGAAGAUUGUGCUGGAGCAGGCAAUCGCUUUCUGCCAGAUCCACAACCUAGCUGAAAUAGCCCGGAAGCUCACCUCUUUCAAGAUGUCCCUUGGAAUAUGA